ACGUCACUCUAGUCACAUGACCACGGCCCCAGCUACAACGGCUCUCGGCGCCACCAUGGACCUCAUCGGCAGCAACGACAGCGCCAUCGACGGCACCACCAACAUCAGCAACGCCACGCUGGAAGGCAACGACUACAUCCUGCCCUGGUGGCAGCAGGCCAUCUUCUACAACAUGUUCGUCGCCAUUUUCAUCGUCGCCGCCGGCGGGAACAUCGUCGUGAUCUGGAUCGUCCUCGCCCACAAGAGGAUGCGAACCGUGACCAACUACUUCCUGGUCAACCUGGCUAUCGCUGAUGUACUCAUCUCCAUCUUCAACGUGCUGUUCCACUUCACCUUCAACCUGUACCAGGACUGGUUCUUUGGCCUGGAGUACUGCAAGUUCGCCUUCUUCAUCGCCACCUGCACCAUCUCGGUCAGCGUGCUUACCUUUAUGGCCAUCGCUAUAGACAGAUACAUCGCCAUCAUCCACCCACUGCGGCCACGAAUGACCGGUCGCAUCGUGCUGACCAUCAUUACCCUCAUCUGGCUCUUCUCCUUCUUCCUCUCCCUCCCCUACCUCAUCUACUCCACCAUCUACGAGUAUCCCAGCGGGAGGAAGAUCUGUUUCCUCAACUGGUCGAGUGAUGAGAAGAUCUUCAAGAUCAGAGACAUGACGUACAGCAUUUUGCUGAUGGUCCUCAACUACUUCCUCCCCAUGAUCACACUGUUCGCCACCUACGCCCGCAUAGGCUGGGAGCUCUGGGGCAGCAAGACGAUAGGGGAGGCGGUGCCCAUGCAGGCGGAGCGGGUUCGAGGCAAGAGGAAGGUGGUGAAGAUGAUGAUCGCGGUGGUGGUCAUCUUCGGCGUGUGCUGGCUGCCCACGCACGUGUACUUCAUCCUGACCAGCGUCAACAAGACGGUGAUGCACUGGGAGUACGUGCACCAGGUGUACCUGUUCAUCUACUGGCUGGCCAUGUCCAACUCCAUGUACAACCCUAUCGUCUACUGCAUGAUGAACGCCAGAUUUCGCCAAGGGUUUCUCCGUUUCUUCCGCUGGUGCCCGUGUGAGCCCUGCAGACGUAACCAGCACCUGCAGGUGAUGGUGCGGGGGUUUUACAGUACCCGCAUGUCCCUGGGGAGCGAGAGGGGGGACAAGAACGGCUCCCUGCUGCACACUACGGUGGAGAGCGUCGACGACCACAUCAGCACGCCCAGCGCCUCCAUGUACAGGAUGCACCCCAUCGCCAACAAAACCAGGGGCAACAGCUACUACCACAGGGAGCUGUAGAAACAUCACCCGCAUGCUGACACCCCUGUACUGGUUCACAUGAACUCGCCCAGUCGAGAACAGCUAAACAAUAGAUACAAUGAAAGUCACAGUUUCAUAAAAUUAGAGUCAUAACUACCAAACGUUCUGGCUACUUUGACUUUUGCUUCAAAACAUGACCAGCUAUCGCCAAGUGUCGAAUGACAUACA